ACUUCCCAAGGCGUGGGGCGCUUUGGAGUGCUUGGAGUGUGGCGGCUCAAAGGAGGAGGGCGUGACUUUUGCGGGCCAUCAUCGUUCGUCACUUCGCCAUAGCCUUCAUUUCUUUUCAUUCAUUCAUCAUACCAGGAUUACAUCUUGCACCUAUUUUAGUUAGCUAAUGGGACAAGCCAUUCGCGCCUCUCUUACACAAGACAAUGGAGCAGUCGGAGAACCUGGAUUUUGGGCAUGAUCAGAUUAAUACAUGGGGAGACCAGCAGGCCAAGCGACGGGACGCCUUGGGAAGUCUUCCGUGACGCGGUUAUCCAACUGAAAGAUGCCAUACAGGUUAAGAUGAGCACGGAGGAAAUAUUCAAAAGAAAAUUUCAAAAACUGAAGGAAAAGAGGAAAAAAGAUAAGUUCAAGCACAAGGAAGAGCUUAGAAUACUCAAGGAAAACUUCAGAAUACUCAGGCAAGGUCACGAGGAUCUCAAAUUGAAAAUCCAAGAGAUGCGAAAGGAAGGGUGUGCUGAAGUAGAUCAAUACAAGGCAUCUCCAUCUCAGAGAUCGCAGCUAAUCCAAUCUACAAGAUUUCGACUAGUGAUUGAAAAUAGCGUGAGCAGAACUAUUUACAAAAAUGAAACUGUAGAGACCGAGGAUGGUGGAGGCCACAUAAAAGUUGCAAUGUACGAUGGUGGCAAUCCAAUUGCACCUGACCACCCUCUUGCUUCAGUAAAAGUUGACCUAGUUGUCAUUGAAGGACGGUUCAAUGAACCUAAGCGAGAUUCUUGGUCUAAAGAGGACUUUGGGAAGAGCAUGAUAACACCACGAGAAGGAAUGACAAGGCUAGUGAAAAAUGGUACAUUUGAUCUUAUUGGUGGGAAUCGUGAUCAUCCAGGUGCCAUUAUUAUGGAUAAUUCACAAAAAAAAGAAGUUAAGCUUGGAGUAAUGAUUGCAGUGCAUACAGAAGAAAGAGUUCUUGAAGGAGUAUCAAAUCCUUUCAAAGUGCAGGAAGCCAAGACAAAAAGCUCAAAAAAGAAGGGCAUAAAACUUUCACCUCCAGUUCAAACGCAAAACUUGGUACAGCCAACCAGCACCCACAUAACACAACAUGAUCGUGGAAAACAAAAAAAACUUCCGACUAAUGAUGCUGCAGAGAAUAAUCAACUGAAUUAUCCAUCAGCUACUGUGCCACUGACAAUUGAGGGAAAUGGGCAAAACCUAAAUGUCAACGGUCAACAAAUUCCAGCGCAAAUCUUGGGGCAGCCAACUAGUGCCUACUCAAUACAGCAUGGUCAAGUCUACAGUUGGGCACCACCUAGUACUCAAAACCAAUUGUGUUUGAGGCCUCCAUUACCACCAACUGAAUGGAUGAUUGCAGAUGAAUCUUCACUGGCCUGUGGACAAGACCAGUACACUAGUUUUUCUCAUGGAAGUUCUGAAUUUGCAUAUCAGAACCCUAGAGCGUACGCAUCUUUGACUGACACUCAGUUAACUUUCAGCUCUGAAGAUGUAAGUUACUUAAAUGCCCAGACACAGUUGCAAGAGACUUAUGGAUCAUUUAGAUGUGGUCAAGUACUGCUUCAAUGGGAUAAGCCUCAUGUGGAGCUCACGGAACGCUGGAACUUUUUUGAUCAGCUCAUGCCGCUGUACAACACAAAGCCAAGGUUUUAUAGAGAAAGUUUCCCCAGUACGAGCCUCAUGGAUAAAGCCCACAAGUUUUUAGCCAGUAUUUCAUCAGGCGAUUCUGUUUGGAACAUGAUUACCAGUGUUACGAGUCAAGCCAUGAAAACUCAUCAGAGGAGAGGCGUUCUCACUCGAUCCAUUGAGCCAUAUGAUUCAGAUCAGGAGCCGCCAUGUAAGAAGCGAAGGAAUGCCAAAUAUGUGUUGCGAUUUGUCAAUAGGGUGUGCAAUGACUACUACACGUAUGAACAAAUCAAAUCAGAUGAUGGAACUUUCUUGAAGGUAGCUUUGUAUGAUGAGAACAAUCUGGUAGUCACAUCUGGUCCGCUGUCUUCAGCUUGUGUGGAGGUCGUACUACUUCAUGGUGAUUUCAAUUCUGAAGGUCAAGAUUAUUGGACAUCAGAGGAGUUCAGUACCUGCCUAGUGCAUCCACAAUCUGCAAAAGAACCAUCAACCUUGGGAGGUGAUCGCAUCUUGGCACUAAAUGAUGGAGAGGCAGACCUUGGCAAUGUAAAUUUCCAGACUUCCUCCUUCCAUGCCAGAACUGGAAAGUUCAAGAUGGGUGUUGUGAUUACUAAAAAUGUAAGAGAAGAGAGUGUUCAAGAAGGAACCACUAGACCAUUUCUUGUGAGAGUUCGCCUAGGGGAAGAACCGAACUGUGAUCGCAUCACAUCUCUUGAAGCAUUGCUCAGAGUGAGAACAAAAUUGCCCAACCAAGUCUGUGGGGCGCUGGAGCGCGAUCCAAAGGAAAAUGUCAGCGCAUCAUCGGUGCUGCAUGAUCAGUCGUUGCAGGAGAUAAGUGUCUUGGGGACAUCGACGGCUACCGAACAACCUCCAGAGCCCUGGAAGGGUGUCGAAUUGACCGCUCCGUCUGCCCUCUUGAAGGAACGGAAGAGCGCAGAGGAUAUUAAUCACUCUGCUCAUGACAGGUCAAUGGCCACGGCCGCUGGAGUUGGUGGUGGUGGAGACAGCGAUGGCAGGCCGAUGUCGGAGCGGGCACGGCUGGCCCAUGUGCCGCAGCAGGAGCCCGGGCUCAACUGCCCGCGCUGUGACUCCACCAACACCAAGUUCUGUUACUUCAACAACUACAACCUCGCCCAGCCCCGCCACUUCUGCCAUGCAUGCCGGCGCUACUGGACCCGCGGCGGCACCCUCCGCAGUGUCCGUGGGUACCGCCGCCACACCAAGCUCAGCGACAAGCCCAAGGAUACAGCCACCAGGGCUGCUGCCAUGGAGGGAAUAGAAUUACCCAACGAAGUCGUGAACGAAGUAGCUGUCCAAGAGGAUCAUAAGCCCAAGGCUAUGGCCACCAGGGCUGCUGCCAUGGAGGGAAUAGAAUUACCCAAGGAAGUCGCCAUCCAAGAGGAUCAUAAGCCCAAGGUUAUGGCCACCAGGGCUGCUGCCAUGGAGGGAAUAGAAUUACCCAACAAAGUCGCUGUCGAAGAGGAUCAUAAGCCCAAGGCUAUGGCCUCCAGGGAUGCUGCCAUGGAGGGAAUAGAAUUACCCAACGAAGUCGCCGUCCAAGAGGAUCAUAAGCCCAAGGCUAUGGCCGCCAGGGCUGCUGCCAUGGAGGGAAUAGAAUUACCCAACGAAGUCGCCGUCGAAGAGGAUCAUAAGCCCAAGGUUAUGGCCUCCAGGGCUGCUGCCAUGGAGGGAAUAGAAUUACCCAACGAAGUCGCCAUCCAAGAGGAUCAUAAGCCCAAGGCUAUGGCCACCAGGGCUGCUGCCAUGAAGGGAAUAGAAUUACCCAACGAAGUCACUGUCCAAGAGGAUCCUAAAGAUGAAGAUGACUCAAAAGAGAAGGGUAAAAAACCUUCACCUCCAAUUCCAACGCGAAACUUGGUACAGCCAACCAGCACCUACGUAACAGAACAUGACAAAGCUGCUAAGUCGAGAGGCGUUGGUGCGGGGAACAAAUCUGCUCGAGCGCGUAGGAAGUGAUCUUUGUAGAGCUUCACGGGUUCACGAGUCAUGUUACUAGAUGGAUGAAGCUUGCGCAGAACAGGGAAGAGUUUCUGGGGUGACUGUUCUUUGUGUUUGGUUAAAGAAAGUCGACCAAUUUUUUUUUUUAAAUAUACUUGGUAAUGUGAGCUUGGAUUAAUAUUUCUCUUUUUUUCAAACAACCUAUGGAAACUAGAUUGUCAAGACCUUGCAUGCGAACAAAA